AUGACUAGCUCGAAGAAACCCCAGAUUUUGACCGCGUUGACCAGCGUUCUUGGAGACGCGGUCUUACAGCCUGGCAGCACCGAAUAUGAGAAAGACAAUAGCUCAUACUUCAGUGCGUUCGAGAACGAAGUUAAGCCCUCAUUUAUCGCCAAGCCAAAUAACGUCGAGCAGGUACAGGGUCUAGUCCGGGCUCUCCGUCCGUACGUUCUCUCGGGAGACUGCGAAUUAGCGAUCCGAAGCGGUGGCCAUAAUCCGAUUCCUGGCAGUGCAAACGUCCAGGGUGGCGUCACGAUUGACAUGCGAGGCCUUAAAGGCAUCAAGUUAAGUGACGACCAGUCAGUAGUGGAGAUUGCUGCCGGGGAGAUUUGGACUCCUGUCUACGCUGAGUUGGAGAAGUAUGGCUUGACAGUAGCUGGUGCUCGUGUUGGCCAUAUCGGUGUUGCCGGCUUCCUCUUAGGAGGGGGAUUGUCUAUAUUCUCAUCGCAGAAAGGGUUCGCAUGCGACUCCGUCGUUGAGUUCCAAGUGGUCCUCGCGUCUGGCGAGGUUGUCCGCGCAAACGCGGAAGAAAACGCCGAUCUCUGGCGUAGCUUGAGGGGCGGUAUGAAUAACUUUGGAAUUGUUACCUCUUUCAAGAUGAAGACUUUCAAGUCAGGGCCUAUAUGGGGUGGGCUAAUAUGCUACCAUCCCGAUGUGUUCGAAGAACUUUUCGGGCUUAUCGACUGCGUUUGCUGCUUUCCUCAGGAGGGCGGCUACUACGGUGAUCAUGACAAAGACACUCAUCUCAUAUAUAGAAUUAGUUACGGCUUUGGACAGAAAGCUAUGACGUCUGUCGUGUAUCACACCCGAGGCGAAGAAAACCCACCUCAACUACGAGAUUUUACAGGUGUAGAGAGCACUUUAGGUCUUCGGUAUCGUUGGAUUGACGAAAUGUGCACUAUGCGGACGUCAACGCAACUGGACUUCUGUGAGGAAUUGUCAAACUUUUCAAAUGAUGGAUUGCGGCAAUUUUGGGCUUCAAUAACUCUCGCGCACAAGGGUGAGACUGGAAUACUGGAGGACAUCUACGACGAAUGGGACAGGACACUUGAGAAACUAAAAGAUGCCGAGGGUUUCACCUUUGCUCUCGAAUUCCACUUUGUGACUAAGUCUAUGUUGGAGAAUUCGGCGAAGGCAGGUGGAAAUGCUAUGGCUAUCCCGCCUUCGGAUGGACCGCUGAUCAUAGUAUUGAUUAACCCAGCCUGGUCGCUACCAGAAGAUGACGAUCGCAUAUUCAAGGGAAUAGAAAAUCUCAUGGCUUUGUAUAGGCAGUGGGCGAUUAAUGAUUAUAGUUCAUCAUUAUUGCACCCCUAUAUCUUUGCGAAUUACGCCUACAAGGAGGACGACGUCUUUGCGGGAUAUGGGCAAGAGAGUGUAUCGAUGCUUAGGGAGACCAGUAAGAAAUACGACCCAGAGGGUUUAUUUCAGAGAGGCACUCCUGGUGGUUUCAAACUCCCAAAGGAGUCACUCGGCUCUGAUUCGGGGCUGUUCGUGUAAUUUUAAACUCUACACAGUGGU